AUGGCCAGCCGCGGCGGUCAGCAACAAGGGGGCGAAACAGUCAGCCUUGACACCCUCAGCGCCCAGCAGCUCAGCGCCGUCAAGAAGCAGCUGGACGAGGAGGUUGAACACCUCUCGACGUCGUAUGCACAGCUUGCCGCGGCCCAGGCAAAGUUUAAGGAGUGUCUACGGAUAGUCAAGACGGGAGGGCUUGAAAGCAAAACAGGAGAGAAGCCCGUCCUCGUGCCACUCACAAACUCCCUCUACGUCAAGGGCCAACUGGCCGAUUCCGACCGGGUCCUCGUCGACGUCGGGACAGGCUUCUAUGUCGAAAAGGAUACCAAAAGCGCAACCGAAUUCUACGAAGCCAAAGUCAAGGAGCUAGCGGGCAACAUCCAGGGACUUGAAGCCAUCGUGCAGGGCAAAACCAACAACUUGCGUGUGGUGGAAGAAGUCUUGCGGCAAAAGGUAUUAGCAUCAAGCGCGUCUGCGUCGGGAGGACAGUCGUCAUCAUCAUCAUGA